AUGCUUUUGCGACUCGCCUCGCAGGUGGUCACUUUUCGAGGAGUGACGAUUUUCGUGGUUUCGACAUUUUUUAUGUUCCCGGCUGUUCACCUGAAAGCUGACCACGUGGAAGAUGACUACGAAGACCUCGGAAUACAACGGUUCCAAGAUACGGGUUUGACUGAGGAAAACGAGCGGUUGUGGAACAGCUCCAAAAGUGAAGGUAGGCGGUCAUUCAUUUCUACAAGGUAAAA